AUUUAGUGUUGUAAAACAUACCAAACUGUUGGACUAGUGUUGUCCGUUGACAGCAGCCGCCAGCGAAUGACAAGAUUAAAAACCUUGCUGAAACAUAGUUUUCUCAAAUAUUACGUAUCAAGAUCAAAGUUCACCUGGCAUCGCCGCCAACCAUCCAUAUGUGGUGAAAUCAAAGACAGAACAUCAGUAUCAUUAUACUGAUCGAGGAAGAAGAACGUGUUAUUACUCAGAGGAAGUAGGAAAUUACCUUACCUUGAAAUGAAGGUGUCCAGAGGUCUCCGCAUGCUAAAAUUGCUGCCAAAUGUCAGAAGCUCCAGCAGUGGACCCACAAAACCUUUCAAAAUCCUCAACAAACAUUUCGAUGAAAUCAGCAUACCAGUUCCAUGGGGACACAUAUCGGGCAAAUGGUAUGGACCCAAGCACGUACGACCGAUUGUUGGCAUGCAUGGUUGGCAGGAUAAUGCCGGCACCUUCGAUACCUUAGCUCCUCUCCUGCCGUCCCACCUCUCCUUCUUAAGUAUCGAUGCUCCGGGCCAUGGGUUGUCCUCCUGGCUGCCACCUGGCACUUCCUACCACUCCAUCGACCUCGUGCUGGUCAUUCGCCGGCUAAUGGAAGAGUACAACUGGGACAAGAUCUCCAUAAUGGCCCACUCGAUGAGCUCCAUCAAUGGGUUUGUCUUCAGUGCUCUGUUUCCCGACAAAGUUGAUCUGUUCGUGGGUCUGGAUGUGCUGAAGCCUCCAGUUCGAAGUGCUCGGAGCAUUGUGGAUUCGCUGUCCGAACGAAUUGAGUCCACCCUGAAGCUGGAACGACGUCUUAAGAGUGGUUCUGAGCCGCCCGCCUAUGACUGGGAUCAAUUGGUAACCCGGCUGCACGAGGGUUCCAAUAAGUCCGUCUCACUGGAGGCCUGCAAGUAUCUGCUGCAGCGGAACUGCAAACCAUCAACCCACGAGCCGCACAAGUAUUACUUCUCCCGCGACAACCGACUGAAGUCAUCGCUAUUUUACACUUUGCACCAGGAGGUGCCAAUGGAGAUGGCGCGCAGAAUUAAGUGCCCGCAUCUGUUUAUCAAGGCCCUGCAAGCUCCCUACUACGAACGCAAGGAGUACUUCGAUGAAGUGUUAGCGGAACUGCAGAAGAAUCCUCUGUUUGAAUUCCACGAGGUUGAAGGGACGCACCAUGUCCAUCUUAACGAGCCAGAGAAGGUGGCGUCCAUCAUCAAUUCCUUCAUCAAUAGGUACCGGCCCUUAUGAGACCGACUUUACAUGGACCUCGGCGUAGAGACCAGUGUACAAACUAGCGGAUUGGUAUACCUUACUCUUAAUGAUUAAUUUCACACGACGCAGAUGAUAUUGACUAGAUAUUAGAUGAAAAUUAAUCUCAGUAGUACGAGAAGACAAUACCCAGCAAUGGAAAUUUGGUUGUUUCUAUUUAAUUUAUUAUUUACAAUCGAUACCGGCAAUAACAUUAAAGUUAAACACUAUAUUAAAAACUUCAAAAUAUA